AUGCUAGAAAGUAGGGAGGAGGCAACCCUUCGGAAGAAGGUACGAAGCGAAGACCACUUGGAGACAUACGGGAAGUUGAAAGAAGGGAUAAGGAUGAAGAGUUACUUGGACGGCCCCAUGGACUACGCAAAAAAACUGAAGUUGCAAUUUCGAGUAGGCGAUCUGGACUUGCCAGAACGGAGGAAGAGGUACAGCAGCCGUAGGAGAGAGGAAGAGGAGGAUAGACAGACAUGUCCAUGUGGCAAAUCGGAGGAGAGUAGACCCCACAGGAUUGGGGAGUGUGAGCUGUACAGGAAGGAAAGAGAGGAUCUCGAGGAGGACAUGAGACAGAGAGGGUGUGACAUGGACAAGUUUGGUAAAUU